AUGACCACACAGACAGCCUACGUGGGCGACCCUGUCACGCUGCAGGCAUAUGUGGGAGAGGGUCCGGCAACAGGGUUCUGCUGGUGCUCAGUGCGGAUUUAUGCAGCAAAGCCAGCUUAUCCCACAAACACAGACAUAACCUUCCUGGCUGUGGCUGAUGCAUCAGAGCCUGUGGAGUUCAUGUGGCACUUUGGAGACUCCAUAUCAGUCAGAACCAGCUCAAGAGCCGUCACCAAAAGAUACAACAAACCUGGCAGGUUUGAUGUGUUUGUGGUGAUGUCUGCUGGUCAGUCGUCCGUCCCCUCUGAUGUGCUCCCUCUGGUGAUCCAGAGAGUGGUGAAGCUCAACAGGCUCGUCCACCAGGCCUCGGUGCUGCAGAAUCAGACGGUAACGCUGAGCUGCCGGGUCAACGUGGGCACCGACCUCACCUUCCACUGGAGCUUCGGGGACGGUUCAUCCAGGCUGGGACAGAGCACAGAGCAGCAUGUGUUCCACAGAACAGGGGAGUUCAGAGUCGAGGUGACUGCCUCUAACCUGGUCAGCUCCGCCUCUCUGAGCAGUCACAUCUUUGUUGUGGACCGACCUUGUCAGCCUCCACCGGUCAAAAACAUGGGUCCUCCCAAACUACAGGUGCGGAGGUAUGAGGUAAUCUGUCUGGGGGUGACCUACGAGACUGAAAUUGACUGCGACACAUCACGAGGCCUUCAGUACACCUGGACUCUGUUGGACUCUGCAGGCCGGAGCCUCCGUCUGCCUCGCACAGACACACACAGACAGAGCCUCACACUGCAGAGCCACUUCCUGCAGUACGACACCUACACCGCCACAGCCAGGGUCCAGGUCGUCGGUAGUGUGGUGUAUAGUAACUACAGUGUGAGAGUUCAGGUGAUGCCGAGCCCUCCUGUGGUUUUUAUCCAGGGUGGCACCAACGUCUUCAUUAACAGCGGGAACACCACCGCACUAACCCUGGACGGGCGGAGAUCUUACGACCCUGACUUCCCCAUGAACCUGCUCAGCUACAGCUGGACCUGUAAACCACUCAGCUCCAUCAGCACCUCCUGUUUCCACCAACACAUCUCCACCUCCUCUCCUGUGCUCACUGUUCCUGUUGGUUCCUUAAAACGGGACUUUGACCAGUUCCAGUUUACGCUCACCAUACGCAGCGGGGAACGCUCAGCUUCGACAGAGACCUUCCUCACAGUCAAACCAAAUCUGAUUGGGAAGUUGUCCGUUUCCUGCCCUCGUUGCCAAGGAGACCAGGUGAACUGGGAUCAGUCCUUCGUUGUCGACACCUGGUGUGAAGACUGUGAUGUUUCCCUCGCUCACAUCCAAUACACCUGGAGUCUGUUCCUGGUCAACGCCUCCACCAGACCUGUCAUAGAAGUGCCAUUUUGUUCCACGGUGGAUCUUGGCGCUCCCUCCACAAUCAUCGAGGAUCAGACGUCCACCCUGCGUCUGUCUGACACAGAUACAUCACACUAUGCACAAACUGAUCUCAGGACUAGAAAAACUGGAGCAAAAAAGCAAAAUCUUGGCCUGACUGAUGAUGGGACAUACAAAGCAGGAGAGGAGCCCUUAUAUCAUUCCCCAGGAGAGUUUUACCCUGCAGAGCAUCAGCCCUCCACUGACUACCUGUCACUCACCCUUGACAGCAGUGGAGACCUAGAUUCAGAGCAGUUGGGCAUCAGUGAAUUCCCAGUUCCCUCUGACCUCUCUGCUGAGUGGGAGUUUUCUUUUCCUGUCCUGGAGGGAGGUGACAUGGGAGAACAAGGUGUGGAUGGUGAAACUCUCAGUGCAGGAGAAGAUGCAGUUUUCGAUCCAGCUGAACAUGAAUCAGAGGGGAGUAAUCUGGUGGUUUCCGGACACUCUGUCCUGAUCCAGGAGCCAACUUUACUUGAUUUGCCUCGAGACCCAGUGGACGGAGACGUUUUUGAGUCCUACACUUACACAGGGAUUUCCUCCUCUACGCUCAGGUUGAGACCCUUCAGUCUGCAGCCGGGGAGCAGAUACAUGUUGGAGGUCACAGCCAAGUGUCGGAGCAGUUUUGUCGGCCGGACUCAGCUGUUCUUGAAAACCAAGCCUGCUCCUGAGGGCGUGAAGUGCCAGGUGCAGCCAGUUAAAGGGACGGAGCUACACACACAUUUCAGCAUCUUCUGCACGUCAGGGAAAGAGGAUCUACUGUAUGAGUACAGCUUCAGUGUAGGGGGGGGGCCUCGCAGGAUGCUGUACCAGGGGAGAGAUUUCCAAUACUACUUCAGCCUUCCUGCAGGUGACGCUAGUGAUGACUAUAAAGUAACUAUUUAUACUGAAAUCAGAAGCAGCACAUACGGGACGGCCACUAAACCCUGUCCUGUCACCGUCCGAGUCCAGCCAAGCUUCCUCAGAGACGCUUCCUCCCUUCAUGACCCUGACCUCGAGCUGUCAGCGGCAGGUCUGAAGAACCUGUCGGCUCUGCUGCAGCUUGGGAACAGUCAUGAGGUUCGUAACUACGUCAGUCUUGUCGCCACCGUCCUGAACAGACUGGGCCUGGAGGCCAAGGCCAACACACACGCACAGAGACUCAUGCGUAAUGUGCUCAUUUGCACAGUGUGUGAGCUCAAGAGCGGUACAGCGGAACAGUCACUGGUUGACAGCAUCUGCAUUUUAAAAGACCUUUUACAAGUUACAAAUCAGGUAUCUUUAGCAAGUGUCAGACAUGUGACACUUCACUUUUGGGCCAUCUCGGACAUGUUUUUGGAGUCCAGCGAUUCAGUCCGAUAUCAUCUGGACCAUAAGACACUCGACACUCUGCUUCUCCUGCUGUCGUACAUUCUGCAGGCUGCUGUCACAGAUCUUGACCUCACACCUGAGUUGUCCAACAUGGACAAUAUCACACAGGUGCUGGAGUCAGACUCUGUAAAUAGAGGGAUCACUGGAUGCUGCAUACCAGCAUCCAGUGAUCCCAUCAAACAGGGAGGAUCAAUUUCAGCAAAGCAGAGGACACGUCUUGUUGAUGAUAUUCUCCAGACUGCCUCAGACCUGAUGCUGAAGUACAUUUUCUUGCACAAGGUCCAGCAGCACAAAGUCAGCACAGGCCUCAUCUCCUUAUACGCUGCAUACCAGAACCAAACCUCCACGGUCAUCAGCAGUGGCUCAACUACCUUCUACAUGCCUCCUUCUCUGAUCCAGCUCUUGUUUGUUCAUGGCAGUGGAGCAGCAGGGAGCACGCAGCAGCAGCCAUGUGUGCUCACCGUGCUGACCAAGCUCACCCUCAAACCUUACACCUGCGCCCACAGUCCCACACAGGUGAAAGCCAAUGAUGUUCGGCUCGGCAUGUCUCUUGUUCCCUCUGGUGAUUUGCAGCUCACUGGACCAGUGGUUGACCUGAGUCUGUACAAGUGCAGUGGGAGGAGAAAGAUCCCUGUUCGUUCCCUCAAUCAGCCGAUCAACGUCGAGCUGCAACAUCCACCAAGAAACAGCUCCGUGCGUGAGUACAUCCUCCUCCGCAGCCAGGUCAACUACCACAGCUUCAACAUUACCAGGGACCAUCUGCAGCAGGUCAUCCAGCUGAGCUUGGCGUUCACGCCGCCGCCCGACAGAGUGUUUCCCAUCAUGCUGCUCUUCAGGAUGUUCGAGAGGCCGACUCCCAGCAUGCACCAUCUGCAAAGGACUCAUCACUGGGAGAGCAACAGCGUACGCAUCACUCUGCCUUCGUCCUACCUCAACGCUGCAGGGGUCGGUCACCUGGCUCUGCUGAAUGCUCAUUUAGGAAAAGAGCAAAGACACAAGCAGCUGAGAGAAGAGAUCAGCUACAGUCUCACUGUGGUCAGCAGUCAAUGCUUGAACUGGGAUGGCCACCAGGGGGCCUGGACACAUCUGGGAUGCAGGACAUGGCAAGAGGACACAACAUCUGCUGUCAACUGCAGUUGUCACCAGCUGAGGCCUCUGACUGUGGUGCAGCACCAGAUCCAGACCAGACAUGACACAGCUGAGCUGGACCCGUUACUAAGCGUGUCCCGAGAUCUGACUGUGCUGGUUGUAAUGGUGCUGUGUCUGUGCCUGUACAUCCCUGGGCUGGUGGCGUGUAAGAGAGCUGAUGAUGUCUCAGGGAAGAACGGGAGAGUCCAUUAUCUUUCAGACAACUCUCCAUUGGACCCACAUCUUUAUGCUGUAACCAUCCACACUGGUGUCUUCUCUGCAGCCAGUAUGAGCGCCAAGGUAUACAUAGUGCUGUAUGGUGAAGAUGGGUUCUCUCACACAAGAGAAUUACAAGUCCCAGGAUGCACUCUGUUCAGGAGAAACUCUCAGGACACAUUUAUACUAAGUGCAGCAGACAGCUUGGGCUCUGUGUGGGGGGUUCACAUCUGGCAUGACGGCUCUGGACCCUUCCCGAACUGGUACCUUAAACAUGUCGAGGUAUCUGAGGUGAACAGUGGGCAUGUGAUAGGAGGCGUGUGGCUCUUCGUGGGUCAGUGCUGGUUGUCUGUGAACAGAGGUGAUGGCCAGGUGGAGAGAACUCUCUGUGUUUGCACCCACGGAAUAGGCUUUGCAAAGAUGUUGUGCUUUAAAUUAUCUGACUUCUUGGCCGACUUCCACAUCUGGAUGUCUGUGUUCCGCUGCCCCUGCCCUAACUUGUUCACACACACUCAAAGACUCAGUGUGUGUCUGCUGCUGCUGUUGGGGUACGCAUGUGUCAACACAGUAAUCAUAUCUCAAAUGGAUGAUCAGUUACCGAUGGAGUUGGGUAUUCUCGACGUAUCCGCCAUCUCUCUGACAACAGGACUAUUGAGUGUGGUGGCAGUGUUGCCCGGAACAACAUUGAUAUCUUUUCUGUUUCGACUGCAUGAGGUCAAGCUGACAAGGUCGGAGCCCCAACAUGCAAAAGGGAGAAAGACUGAGAAUGAUGACUUUGAAGGUGACACAAAAUCUAUCCUCUUUCUCAAAGCAACAGUGUGUAACGGAACAAACUUGCUCCCAGUGUCCACUGUGAUCCUGGAAAAUAAAGAACAGGCAAACCAGUCAGAUGUGAUGGCAAAAAAGGAGGAUGAUCCAGCAGUUGAGAGCAGCGUCGGACCGAAAGAUGUUGUGUCCAGUAUGAGAGAUGUCGAUCAAGACACUCAGGAGAAGACAGAAUAUCCUCAAGGAAAGCGUUACCAUUUAAUGGACAAACUGAACAGGAGAAAAGUUGGACCAGCAUCACAAUGGUGUCAAUCUUUGGCCUGGACCCUCUGUCUGCUGCUGUCCCUCUCCUGCCUGGUGCUCUCUGCAGUGCUGGGAAUGAGAUUCAGCAGCAGCAAGGUUUUGCUUUGGAUUCACUCCCUAUUCCUCUCUCUGGUUUCUUGCAUCUUCUUCAUCCAGCCGGCCGUGAUACUCACCGUGGCAGUGAUCGUCUCCUGUUGGUACAGAAACAAAACAGACUUUCAUACUUUCUCUACAAUUAGAGAGUUUGAGAUUCAACUGUGCAGCCACAGUGGUGCUAAUCGACUAGAGGAGUCGUUCAGGCCUCCUGCUUUCCCUCAGGACACAUGCUCAGACCUUGACACGCUGCUGGCUGCUCGUCAGCGAGCUCGCUACCUGCGUCUUGUGCGGCCACCGAAUCCGGCAGAGCUGAGGAGAGGUCGUGGGAGGAAAAGAAGAGAGACUCUCAUCCAUGACGUUCUCAGGGAUUUGUGCGUCUGUGUCUCCAUGUUUGCCCUGAUGCUGUGUGUAACGUAUGGCAGCUCAUUCAGUCACCAUCACCACCUCAAUAAAGCUGUCAGGAAACAGUUAAUAUGGAAUGAUGAUAAUAACUUUAUGUCCAUAAAAACACAUGAGGACUGGUGGAAGUGGACACAGACCAGUCUACUCAAUCUGCUGUACAAGAAUGCAUCGACCAAAACUGAGCAGUCACACAUCUUGAUGGGAGAACCAAUCUUGUGGAAGUCAGAGGCAUCCAGCUCGUUCCAGGAUCAGGUUCCCAGUGUGACUUUUGUACCAGAACGUCUUCGCUCAUUCUUCUCAAGGAGCGGAGCGUCCACUUACACUCACUCAAAUGUCAAGGUUGCCACGGCAACGCCCCAGAGUACAUGCGGUCGCCUGGGCUGCUACUUGGGGCUGAGUACUACAGUUGGCUUAGGCCACACAAGGUCCGACGCCACAUCCAAACUGGAUCUCCUGCACUCAGGCGGCUGGUUGGGCAGACGGACGGUGGCCCUGAAGGUGCAGUUCACCUUGUACAGCCCUGCACCCAACUUGUUCACCAGUGUGACCCUGCUCACUGAGCAGAGCUCCAACAGUGUCCUGGUCCCCUCUUCUAAAGUGCAGUCUGUCAGGGUGUACCACACUCCUGCUGUGUGGGACUAUGUUGUUAUGGUGUGCCAGCUCAUCUUCCUCCUCUUGUCUCUACUGCAACUCUGUCUUCAAGCGUGCGCCAUGAGGCUGCAAGGGCUGAUGGGAUACUGGAGGACACCCCGCAACUGGCUAGAACUCACUCUCUUGUCAGUGACCCUCGUGUAUUACAUUUAUUACAUCUAUCGCUCCGUCAUCAUCAUGGAGGCUGUGGAGCUGCUGCAGAGACACAGAGGACAUGUUGACGUCAGCAUCCUGGCUUCAUGGGAACAAGAUGUCCGUGCUCUGCGUGGUGUUACACUUUUCCUUCUCACCUUGAAGUGUGUGACUGUGCUGAGCGUGAACAGGACCUUGGCUUCCUCUGCUGCACUGCUGACUCGCUCACUCUCCAGCCUCCUCUGGCCAACGCUUUCAGGUCUGAUCCUGUUGGUGGCGCUGUCCUGUGUUGGUAAUCUUCUAUUUGCACAAAGCUCCUGGGCUUUCAGCUCCAUUCCUCGUUCCUUUCAGUCUCUGCUCUGUCACUACUGGGGUCUAAGACCCAGCAGGAGCCUCCAUCCCCUUCUCUCUGGACGAGAUUUCCUGUACUGUGUAACUCUCUAUUUGUCUUCCACUGUGGUGUGGACUGCAAUGGUUCUCAGUUUGGUGUCUGCCUUGGUUAGAGUUGCCAAAAGAUCUCAGAGCAGGUGGGACGUCUUGACCUUGGCAGAAUUAGCCAGCUACAUCAGACGGAGGAUUUCUGAGGUCACUGGGCAGCGUGAACUCAAAUGGAUUGAUGACCACGUGGAAAGCAGAACGUACUACCUUCAAGAGUUCGAGAGCCUAGUGGACGAGCUGCUGUUCAGACUCAAUGCUCUCUCCAACUGCCUGCACCACACGCUGCCCCAGAAACUCCGUCAUGACAUUGAGGAGCAGAGUCCCGUCACCUCAUCUGUGCAGGAACCGUCCAACACGGACACACAGGAGUUUGUGAGAAGACUUGUGGCCGAAGAGACAAUCAGGAUAUGGACAGAAGAUGAUCUGGAGAAGCAAACAAAUGACAGUAGCUGGUUGAGUAAAAUUCAGGCCACCCACACAGAGGUGGUGGUGGAGGUUCUGGUGCACGAGGAACCUGGAAGUACAGAGGCUGAAAAACAGGAGGGUAGGAAGGUGUAG